AUGGGAGCGGGAGUGGGAGUGGGGGUGAGAGUGGUGGUGGUGGGAGCGAGAGUGGUGGUGGGGGUGGUGGUGGAAGCGAGAGUGGUGGUGGGGGUAGGAAUGGGAGCGGGAGUGGGAGUGGGGGUGGGAGUGGUGGUGGUGGGAGCGAGAGUGGUGGUGGGGGUGGUGGUGGAAGCGAGAGUGGUGGUGGGGGUAGGAAUGGGAGCGGGAGUGGGAGUGGGGGUGGGAGUGGUGGUGGUGGGAGCGAGAGUGGUGGUGGGGGUGGUGGUGGGAGCGAGAGUGGUGGUGGGGGUAGGAAUGGGAGCGGGAGUGGGAGUGGGGGUGGGAGUGGUGGUGGUGGUGGGAGCGAGAGUGGUGGUGGGGGUGGGAAUGGGAGCGGGAGUGGAGGUGGGAGUGGUGGUGGGAGCGAGAGUGGUGGUGGGGGUGGGGGUGGGAGCGAGAGUGGUGGUGGGGGUAGGAAUGGGAGCGGGAGUGGGGGUGGGAGUGGUGGUGAUGGUGGGAGCGAAAGUGGUGGUGGGAUUGGUGGUGGUGGGGGUGGGGCUGGGGGCGGGUGCCAUGGAGGCGGCGGAGGCGGAGGCCCAGCGCGAGCCGCCGCCCAAGCUGGCGGCGCCGGCGCCGGGCAGUACCGUGGCGCCGCGCCCCGAAGGAGAGAUGGACGCCCUUCUGCUGGGCAGGAUAGGGCAGUCGCGUGCGGUGGCCUCCGACCAGAGGUUUGUUUCGGAAGAGCUCGGCGCUACAAAGCAGCGGGCGCGGGGGCGCGCCUGCCAGGAAGCGUCCUGGGUUGUCAUGGCAACUAACGACCCUCAAGCACGCUGA